AGAUACAUUUCAGUUUUUUCUUCAAGAGCUUGCUGUUCGCAUUUGUCCGCCUGCCCUCGCGUAGAAAACUUGUUACUUAAUUUCCAUUGCCACACGUGCUUGACUAUUACUUGCAGUGCGCUAAUCAGUCGCUUGUCAGCUAAGCAAACCCGCUAUUCGGAGCCAAUUUAGCAGCCUGUCUAUGAAUUUGGCAUUACAUAAGAAACGGAUGGCUAAGCGAAAAUAAAACAGUAUAACUUUUGCGGAGCGACUAGUUCAUCAGCAUUCUGGUAACAGCUGAUACGGAAAAGGCAGCAGCAGCACUUAGCCAAACAAAAGUCUAAACCUCUGGCAACAAACGGGUGAAAAUAUGAGCUGGGCAACAACAAAGCAAAGGCAGAAAUGUUCCAAGUGUAGCAGCGGCAGCAACAACAACAACAGGAGCAGCAGCAGCAGCAGCAACAACAACAAGAACAGCAACAGCAGCAACAACUGUGCGCCUAGCAACAAGAUAAAUUCGGCAAGCGAUUUCCUUUGA